GUUUAAAAAAGAGUGAGUGGACAGGAGCCCUUCAGUGUUCAGACGGGUUUGCAUGUCUCUGUGGUUGGAUUCCUGCUUCACAUUGAGGAAAGACUGGUAAACUGAAGGCAUUAUGAAAGCUUCUGUCGGAGUGUGUGUGGUUUUCGUGCUGGCUCUGCUGGGGCUUGGUUCUGCCAUUAAAUGUUACAGUUGUAAGGACUACACAGGCACAUGCUCUAAAAUUCGAGACUGCUACUAUGACGAUGCCUGUGUGUCCGUCUACGAGAGAGGUGGCGACACAUACAGGCAGUGUAUAAAGUACUCUGAAUGCGAUUAUAGCUCACUCGGCGAGAAGUUUCCCAAACUUUCCAGCUUCAAGUACUCCUGCUGUACCUCUGACCUGUGUAACUCAGCACCCCUGUCGGUGUCCAGUCGCUCCGUGGUGGCGAUACUGCUCUCGCUAGCACUCUUCUGGUGGGGUGUUUUCUAAACCAUCACAAACACAAGUGCUUCUGCAUUGUUCCUUGUAUAGCUGGUAGUGGUAUCAUGCAGUGAGAAUGCAGAGAUCUUAUAUAUCUCAAAUUAAGAGGUCAAAGAAGCAUUCACAGGUUUAUUCUCUGUUAAAAGUAUGUUAAAACUGUGUGUGCUUGUAAGCUAAAGCUCUUUUUUGUUUUGUUUCGCACCUAAUAGUGAAUGGUCUGAUUAUAAUUUAUUGUUAAAAGGUUGUGUAGCCUAUGUGUUCACUUUCGCAGCUAAUCUUGUCACCUACAGUAGAAGGGUGUAGCUAAAACUAAGUGGCUUGUGAGGAUUUGGAUGUUGAGAUUUUUAGAGUUAAUGUGUCAUAUAUCUGCCAUUUUCACAAAUGCCCUUGUUUAUACCUGCUUUUCAUCUGCCUAGUCUAUUUUAAAACUUAAAAUGUACUGAAAAUCAUUGCAUGCGGUGUGUAGACAUGUAGUCUUUUCAGUGUACUGAUUAGCUUCUUGUUACCACUAUAGCCAGUGAAACUUACUGAACCUUUAUGCGAUCAAUAAAAGGAACAUGCAGGUUUUAUGCAAA